AUGCUUGAUGGGACUUUUUUGAAGGGUAAGCACAAGGGGAUCCUGUUGAGUGCUAUUGGGAAAGACGGUGAUGAAGGUCUGUUUCCUAUUGCUUUUGGAAUUGUAAGUGAAGAAACUGAUUGUAACUGGUCUUGGUUUUUGAACCACUUUCGAGAUGCUGUUGGGACUGACCGGUCGUUGAUUUUUGUUUCGGAUCGUAACCAUGGGAUUCUUGAAGGAGUUAAGCAAAUUUUUCCAGAUGCUUUACACGGCUACUGUUACAAACAUUUGACUCGCAAUUUGCAGCACAGGUUUAGGGGUGUUGCUCCAAACUUUCGUGACGCGGUACUGGCACAAUUUGCAAAUUGUGCUUAUGCGGUUACGAAGGAAGAUUUUGCCCGCUGUAUUCAGAAGUUGAGAGCUAUUGGUGGCAAGAAAGUGUGCAAUUUUUUAGAUGGUAUUCCAAAUGAGAAGUGGGCAAAUGCACAUUUUGAGGGUCUGAGGAUUAGAAUGUUGUUGAUGGAGCAACUUAGUGAUCGACUAGGGGAUGGAAAUAGGUGGACAACUGUGCUGACCGAGUCCGUUGACAAAAAAAUGAGACAGCUAGUUGAUAAAGGGAGGACAUGGGAACGUAAAAAGUCGUCGGAAACUGUGUAUGAAGUUUUAUCGACGCCGAAUGCUAUUGUGGAUCUGCGAGAGAAAGUGUGUUCGUGUAAGCUUUGGCAAAUCAACGGGCUUCCAUGUGCACACGCUGCUGUUGUGAUUUUCUUAGAAAUAGGUGGUGGUUACGAAUAUAUUGAUAAAUGGUUUCAUAGAUCAACUUUUGUCCAAAGUUAUUCUGGUUCAGUUGUGCCGUUUGUUAGACUGGAUAACGACAGUGCAGAUAGUGACAUUGGGCCACCUAAGUAUCAUCCAUCCCGUGGCAGGCCUAAACGGAAGAGGAUCCCUUCUAAUGGGAAGUUUACAUCUCGAAAAAUGAGAUGCAGCCGUUGCAAAGAAGUUGGGAAUCAUAACAAGAAAACAUGCCGGAAAUGA